GGAUGAGCCCCCCCCCCAUCAAAUAAGUCCAAAAGUCACGAGUUCGUGUGCAUGGAUGUGUGCGCCGACUUGACUCAUUACUACCACCUGCACACCACCCAAGCAAGCAAGCAAGCAGACAACGAAAGUUAGCAAACAGGCUUGCGCGGAGAGAGAAAGAGAGAGAGGUAGAGAGAGAAAGAGAGAGAGAAAGAGAGGGGGGCAGAUCAGCAUCCGCAUCAGCAUCAGCGCUGCUUCUGUGCGUCAGCCAUGUCGACUAAGCGCAAGGCCGACUCAGCGAGCGCGGGUGCGGGUGCGGGUGCGGGUGCGGGUGCGGGUGCGGGUGCGGGUGGAGCGUCCAAAAGUGCUGCUGCUGCUGCUGCUGCUGCUGCUGCUGCUGCUGCUGCUGCUGCUUCUGCCAGUGCGUCGACGAGCGGAAAGAGCAGGAAGAGGAUGAGCGAGAUCGAUGAAAUCUUCUCAGCUGGAGGAGGUGGAGGUGGAGGUGGUGCUGGUGCUGGCGGCGCUGGCGGUGGUGGAGCGACGAGAGGCGAGAAAGUUGGGAAAAGGGGGGAUGGUGGAGCUGCGAGCGGGAGCGCGAGUGCGAGUGCGAGCGCAAACCAAGUCGGACGGAAGGAGAAGAAGCGCAAAAAAGUCGAUCGUCGGAUUCCAGAUGCUCAUCAGGCUGUCAAUGACGGUGCUGAUGCUCGAGCUGCGGCGGCGGCGGCGGCGGCGGCGGCGGCGGUAGAGGUGCACGAUCCAUCGGCUGGUCUGGCAGGUGGAAGUCUUGUCGACUCGCACUCGCACUCGCACUCGCACUCGCACUCGCACUCGCGCAAGGUGGCAUCGGUGAAUGAGAUGCAGACUGGAACGGGGACGGGGACGGGCAGAGGCAGAGGCAGAGGCAGAGGCAGAGGCAGAGAGGCAGAUGGAGAUGGAGGCGCGGCGGCGGCAUUCGUGCUGGACGAUGAGGAUCUGGCUUUUGCGGAUUCGAGAGGUACGCGCAAGAGGACGGAUGAAGGAUUUAGAAUCUUUACAGAGGACGAAUUGGGAUUGACGAAAAAUCUGACCGGAGGAGACUGGCUAGGGUUUUGUGUUGGGAUGAUGACGAGCGACAUUGUGCGCCUGCUCCUCCUCCUCCUCUCGUCAACACAUGCUCGAUGA